CCAUUUGUAAAAUUGAAAAACACAAUCAAAUUUAUACAUCUUGAGGAUGGAAGGAUAUAUGGUAUAUGCUAUCAUCACAGUCGUCGUGUUGGGCUUGUACUUGCCAAUGUAUUGCGAUCGGCACCGAUUUCCGGCUCAGAAUCCAGAGGACCAGCCGAACAAUAUCAGGCUUUAUCAAUUUGCUUGCUUUCUAUUUGCAUUCCUUGUGGUUGCCAAUAUUCAUGUGCUAAUGUACAAUUGGUAUUUGACUCACAUUAUCCAAUACUAUACGAAUUUGAUUCGCAUCAUGUCUGCAUAAGACAAGUCAAAUUCAAUUCGACACACUUUAUGCUUAAGUUAAUUACACGUUUUUGAAUUUAUGCUAAUUGCCGCGUAACCUUAUGUUUAUAAAUACCAUAACAAUAUAUAUAUAUCGAUAGCUCACGCACAUGUAUCGAAUGACCGUGAGUGGGACAGGGACAACUAUAGCUGCACGAGUAGCCAACAGCUGUUAGCGCCGUCGCGCUGUCCAAAUUCUUUUAUUUCAUAAUAAUUUUGAUAGAACAUUCACUGAGCUAAAUUAGCUUUAAGCUGUAUUAAAUAACAAUGCAAAACACACGCAAACUCUGCAACCUGACCAGGCUCCUACUCAGACGCACGUCCGCAACUGCGGCCAGUCACACAACAGCCUCCGGCGGCACAGAACAGACAACGCAUUUCGGCUACCAGACGGUGAUGGAAAGCGAAAAGGAGCUGAAAGUGCACGAGGUGUUUGAGCAGGUCGCCCAGUCGUAUGAUCUGAUGAACGAUGCCAUGUCGAUGGGCAUACAUCGCGUGUGGAAGGACAUAUUCAUUGAGCGCUUGGGCCCCGAGCAUGGCAUGCGGCUGCUGGACAUGGCCGGCGGCACGGGCGAUAUCAGUUUUCGGUAUCUGAAGUACUUGGCCAAGCAGCCAAAUCCGAAACAGCGUGACAGUCAUGUAACCGUUUCGGACAUCAAUCAGCAUAUGCUGAACGUGGGCAAGGAGCGUGCCCGCCAGCUGGGCCUGACCGCCGAUCGGCUGCCCAAUGCCAGCAUUGACUGGCAGUGUGCCGAUGCCGAGAAGCUGCCAUUCAAGAGCGAGAGCUUCACUGCGUACACCAUUGCCUUUGGCAUACGCAACUGCACGCACGUGGACAAGGUUCUGAGCGAGGCGUAUCGCGUGCUGCAGCCCGGCGGUCGUUUCAUGUGCCUGGAGUUCAGCCAUUUGAGCAACGAGACGCUGCAGUGGCUAUACGAUCAAUACUCCUUCCAGGUGAUACCGCCAAUGGGUCAGCUGCUGGCUGGCCAGUGGCAUGCCUAUCAGUAUUUGGUUGAGAGCAUACGACGCUUUCCGCGUCAGGAGCAGUUCAAGAGCAUGAUCGAGCGGGCCGGCUUCGCGCAUGUGGCCUACGAGAAUCUAACCUUUGGCGUUGUCAGCAUACACUCCGGCUUCAAGCUGUAGUUGGCACGUAUUCCAAUAUUCCUGUACACAAAACACACCUUAGCGAAAUUUCGAAGUCCUGUUGCGUCGCGCGCGCGCAGCUGGCACAGUUUGCCCUUUCUUUUACUUGGUAUUAUUAUGAUUUUGCCCUUUUCUUUAAACAUGCUAAACACGUUCUCCCACCAAUUUUUUGUUUUAUGGUUUUCGUUUUACAUAGCGCUCGUUCAAAUCAAAGUUUUAUACAAAACAGUGUUAACAUAUUACAUGUGCCAAAAUUGAUCGACGGCUUAUUGUAAGCCUCGGCCAGCUUGGGAAAGACCUUGACGUUGCGGGGGCCACCUUUUAUAUAUAGAUCGCGUUAUAUGUAAAACACAUCAAAAUUCCAAAUCAGUUUCCAGCUUGAUUUUCCAAAAAGAAACAAAACAAAAGUGAAAAUGUCGGCUAAUUGGGAAUUCAAUUGGGCUUAUGCGCUAGCCGAAAUGUGUGUGAUAUAAUGUCAAUUGCCAGCCCCCCCCCUCACUCCCCUAGACCCGUUGGGCCACACCCACCUGAGAUAUGAGCUGGCCCCGCCCUGCCCCUUUGCCCACAGGCACAUCAAAUUUAGUGCAAGUGAAAUUUAUGCGUGUGAAUGUUGAAUUUUAACUAAAGCUAAGCACAAACAAAUAAAAUCAAAAUCGAAUCGAA